GAGAAGAGCUUCAAAGAGGGACAGACUCAGACUGGAGGGGAAUCGGGGCAGCAGUUGGAUCAAAAGGAUGAAGCAGAUGAGUCAGUAUUGGCCUCAGUCUAUGUACAGCUGGACUUUCCACACCAGACCUGGCCAUUGGCACUCUCCGGGACCCUGACUCUCCCCUUUGCUUCGGCUUCCUCUUCCCCAAGAGCUCUCAUUGGCCUCAACCUCACCACAGAAUGUAACGUCCACCACGAUGGGCGCACCUACUGCGCCUGCCUCUCUGGGUACCAGUGGAACGCCAGCGUCUGCUCGCAUCACCGUCUCUGCCAGAGCCCCCACAGCCGCGGGCCCUGUGGCUGUCUGGUCCUCAGCCCUGCUGAAGCCGGAUACUGCCAGCUGCUGCCGCCUGUCCCCGGAACACUGAGCCUGGGCUCCCAGGUACAGAUGCCUGGCAACACGCUGAAUCUGACCCUCGUCACGAGCCACGAGACCACCAACCUAAACUGGUUCCUGCGGCCCGCGGGGAGCCCCAGACCCAUCCUCCUGCAGCCGGGGACACAUGUGUCCUUGACCUCCAGCCCGGGCCUGGCUGUCCUCAGCAUCCUCAACAUCUCCCAUAAAUGGGCAGGUGAAUACAUGUGCUGCUUUGAAGCUCAGGGAUUCAGGUGGGAGCUGUACCAGGUGGCGAAGGUGCCCCUGCAGGAGACAGACGUGGCCCGGCUUCCAGACCAGCUCUCCGUCUCCUGCACCACCAGCCCUGGCUUCCGGCUGAGCUGCUGCCUCCCCAGCACACACCUGGUCUACACGGCUUCCUGGAGCCCCGCAGAGGGCAGCAAAGCCUCCUUAGUCAACACGCCGGACUCCCAGUGCUUCGUGCUGGCCGUUCGGCGUUGCCCUGUGGCUGACACCAUGUAUACCUGUGAGCUGCGGAGCCCAGGACUGAGCCCUCUCAGGGUCCCCGUCUCUGUCACCAUCAUCCGGGACGGAGACACCACAUGCCCUAAGGACUCUUCAGCUGUUGCCUGGAACGUCACCAAGGCUGGCCACGUGGCACAGGCCCCGUGUCCCAUGAACAGGACCGGUGUGGUGAAGCGGACCUGUGGCUUCGAUGGCAGUUGGGAGCCCAUUCGCAGCGGCUGCACAGACACAGAGCUGCUGGCCUUGUCUCAUAGAGCCUGGCUGCUGUGGGCAGGCCAGGGCCGGCCGGCUGUAGAGGUGCCCCAGAUCCUGGCAGAGCUGUCACAGCAGGCGUUGGCGGUGAGCUCACCCUCAGACUUAUUGGCACUGCUGGGCACCAUUUCAUUCCUGGCCAAGGUGGUGGUGGAUGCUAGAAUACAGCUUAACCGCAGCUCCCUGGAGGCUUUCCUGAAAACCACAGACAAGGUCCUAGACAUGGACACCAGCUCUCUGUGGACCCCGGCCCAGGCCCAGAAGCCCUCGACGGGCUCAGAUCUCCUGCUGGCUGUGGAGACCCUGGCACGCAGCCUAUGUCCUGAGGAUCACCCCUUCUCCUUCAGCUUGCAAAAUGUGCAGCUGCAGACCCAACUCCUUGGGCCCACAGUCCCCGCUGACUACAGAGUCUCCUUCUCCACGCAGCCCCCACUGCAGGCACACAUUCCCAGGUGCUCACUGGCCCCACUGGGCCAUAAUGGAACCAAUGUCAGUAUUACGAGCCUGGUGCUGCGGAAACUGGACCGUCUGUUGCCCGCAAACUAUGGCCAGAGGCUGGGGGACUCCCUCUAUGCCACCCCCGGUCUGGUCCUCGCCAUCUCCAUCAUGGCAGGUGGCCAGGCCUUCGACCGGGGAGAAGUCAUCAUGGACUUUGGGGACACAGAACACGGUUCCGGAAAACCCCACCUUGGAGCUGCUGAGUCAGGUGGGCUUGGGGGCCUCCAUCCUGGCCCUGCUGGUGUGCCUAGGUGUGUACAGGCUGGUGUGGAGAGUUGUGGUACAGAACAAAGUCGCCUACUUACGCCACAUGGCCCUGCUCAACGUGGUGCUCUGCCUUUUGGCCGCAGACACCUGCUUCCUGGGAGCGCCCCUGCUUCCUCCGGGGCCCCGAAGCCCCCUCUGCCUGGCCGCUGCCUUCCUCUGUCAUUUCCUCUACCUGGCCACCUUUUUCUGGAUGCUGGCUCAGGCCCUGAUGUUGGCUCACCAGCUGCUGUUCGUCUUCCAUCAGCUGUCCAAGUGCAGAGUACUCUCCCUGAUGGUGGGCCUCGGCUACGUGUGCCCAAUGGGGUUUGCAGGCGCCGCCCUGGGCCUCUACCUACCCCGAGGGCAAUAUCUGGGGGAGGGGGCAUGCUGGUUAAGUGGGAAGGGAGGGGCGCUCUACACCUUCGUGGGGCCGGUGCUGGCCAUCGUGGGCGUGAAUGGGCUGGUGCUCACCGUGGCCAUCCUCAAGCUCCUGAGACCUUCGCUGUCAGAGGGGCCCCAGGCGGAGAAGCGCCAAGCCCUCCUGGAGGUGAUCAAAGCUCUGCUCGUCCUCACACCCGUCUUUGGCCUCACCUGGGGGCUGGGCCUGGCCACCCUGCUGGAGGAGGUCUCCAUCGUUCCUCACUAAGUCUUCACGAUUCUCAACAGCACCCAGGGUGUCUUCAUCUUACUCUUUGGUUGCCUCAUGGACAAGAAGGUGCGAGAGGCUUUACUCAAACGCGCCUGCCGCUCCCAAUCCCCCAACUCCACCAUCUCCCUGGCGACAUACGAAACCUCCAUCCCAGAACACAGCAAAGGAGGAAGGGAAGACCGCAGGUGAGAAGCAAGCCUUCCUGGGAGCAGUGUGGAGGGAAGUGGAGUGUAACAACGGACUUCCUGGCAAAGAAGGCUCCUCUCCACAUAACCAAUGGUCCCAGCCCAAAGGCUGGAAAACAGACUUCUCCAGCACAGACAUUUCUAGAUGGCCUGGGGAAGAUGGAGGACUCAGAGCAGGCGUAGCAUCUUCCACUGCUUUUACAGAAAGCUGGAGGGAGUUUUACCACCACCAACCCUUGGCUCGGUCCACUCUGAAAA